UUUUUUUUGUUCUACCACGUGAAGAACAGUAAAAGUACUUGUGUUAUCCUCCAAGAAAGCAAAAGAACCAGAAAAAGUCUUCAUCUUUGUUGCAAAACUAGUAAGACUGUUAGGUUAUGGAGCCUGUAAUGAGCUUUCUAUUGUGUGUGAUAAAUUUAUGUUUGAGCUUGCAGAAUCCAAGUAGCUGCUAUGAUCAAUAUUCCAAGCUAGACGCAGAACGUAAGGCCUUGUUUGUUUUUGGAGACUCACUUUUUGACCCAGGAAACAAUCAGUACCUUAAUGGUAGUACUGAUGAAUGCAUGUCUGCAACUUCUUGGCCAUAUGGCCAAACCUUCUUCGACCACCCUACUGGAAGGCUCUCCGAUGGCCGGAUAGUCCCCGACUUUAUCGCCCAAUUCGCCAAGUUGCCUAUACUCUCUCCCUAUUUAGAGUCAGGUGUUUCUCAUCGAUUAACUGAUGGAGCUAACCUAGCUUCAGCAGGUGCAGGUGUUCUUGAUGGAACUCAUCCUGGAACAAUACAUCUAAGAGCUCCUAAGAAUAUAAAGAAGUCAUUAAAGCAGCAGCUAAAUGAUGCAGAAGCUGAAAAGGUCUUGAGGAGGGCUGUUUACUUGUUUAGUAUUGGAGGAAAUGAUUACUUUAGCUUUUAUUCCUCAAACCCUACCGCUACUGAAUCCAGCCAAAGAGCAUACGUCGAAAUGGUCAUCGGCAACUUGACAUCGGUGCUUCAAGAACUGUAUAGCUUAGGAGCAAGAAAAAUUGCAUUCCAGAAUGCAGGGCCUUUAGGUUGCCUACCAGUAAUGAAAACAAUGAAUCCUGAGCUUGGAAGCGACUGUGCCGAAGAACCAUUAGCAUUAGCGAGAUUACACAACGAUUAUCUAUCCACUGCUCUUAAGAACUUAAGCAGGAACUGCUUCAAGGAGGGGAAAGCUGCCUGUUGCGGGUGUGGGACAUACAAGGGAAGUGGAUGUGGAGAUAGGAAUGAAUCAUAUGAAUUAUGCAUUAAACCAAACAUGUCCAUUUCAAGGUCAAAUCUUCAAUUAUUUCUUUUCAUAUUAACUUCCAGCAUAAGUAAUGUCUGUUCUAUAGAGAAGCAUUCUGCUUUGUUCAUUUUUGGAGAUUCAUUAUUUGAUGCUGGAAGCAAUAUCUACCUCAGAAAUGCGUUUAAGGCGAACUUUUAUCCGUUUGGAGAAACAUUCUUCAAGUUUCCUACUGGAAGACCUUGUGAUGGUCGAAUUAUUCCAGAUUUCAUUGCUGAGUACGCAAAGUUACCAUUUAUUCCACCAUAUUACUACUCCCAGCCUGACAAUAAUAAUCUGUUGGUGGUCGGAGUAAACUUUGCAUCAGGAGGAGCCGGUGCUCUAGUUGAAACUCAUAAAGGCCGUACGGUAGACCUUAAAGCUCAGGUUAAUUAUCUCAAGAAAGUGAACCAGGUGCUGAGGGAGAAAUUUGGUGAUGAAGAGACCAGGGCAUUGUUGUCCAAUGCAGUUUUCUUAUUCAGCAUUGGAACCAAUGAUUAUCUAACAACUUUCACUGAACCUUCUAAUCUCCCUCGAUUCUUGAACUGCGGAGAAGAAGAGCUUGUAGAGAUGGUUAUCGGCAACCUGACGGAUGUGAUCAAAGAAAUUCACAAGGAAGGAGGAAGGAAAUUUGCAUUUGUAAGCGUGGGGGCAGUUGAUUGUCUUCCAUUCUUGAGAGCAAGAAAUCCAACAGGUGGUUGCAAUGAACAAAUUACAACCCUAAUUAAACUACACAACCAUAAAUUUCCUACCGCACUCCAACAGCUACAAAGGGAGCUAUAUGGGUUUAAAUAUGCAAAUUUUGAUUUCUACAAGGCAUUAAGUGAAAGAAUUAACAACGGCUCAAAGUAUGGUUUCAGCGAAGUGAAAGCUUCAUGUUGUGGGAGAGGGCCAUAUAGAGGAAUGGGAAGCUGUGGGAUGACAAAUGGAGAAAAAAAAGAUUAUGAAUUAUGUGAAAAUCCGAAUGAAUAUUUGUUCUUUGAUGCUCAUCCUACAGAGAAGGCUAAUAAGCAAUUUGCAGAGCUGAUGUGGAAUGGAAGUCCUCAAGACAUAAGGCCACGUAAUCUUAAACAACUGUUUGAGGCAUAGAUAUAUUAAUUAUGGUUCUUUUUUAUCAGAUCAAUCGGUCAUAUAUAAAUUACAAGCAUGUUAUAUUCAAAUAAAAUCAAUAAAAAAUUUCAAAU